AUGAACCUUUCGCACGUCAUCGCGUCAUCACAGAGUCCGAAUCCAUACACGCACACAGGUUUCGUAGCGUACCAAUACUUCCUACACGUCGUCCCGAGAACCUACAUUGCCCCUCGUUCCGUGCCCCUCCAAACACACCAAUACGGCUUAACGCACUACAUCCGCAUAAUGCAGUAA